ACCUCGGUGGCCAACCCGUUUGCCGAGUGGCUGGAUAGCGAAAAGGGCGCGGAGACUGGGAGGCCAAUUUGGAGGGAGCGGCUUUCGGUGAGAACACUGUCGUCCAGAAAAUGUACGCCGACUACGAGGCGGACGGAUGCUGGUCCAGAGACUGUCGUUGAUAAGCCCGAAACGCACUUUGGGUUUUUAGCCGAGGACGUACAAAAGGUGAUGCCCGAUCCGGUGUACGACGACAUUGCGGGUAAUGCGCUGGAUAUCAAGUGGAACAAUAUCACGGCGCUACUGGUGAGAGAGAUUCAAAUGAUGCGCGUCGACAAUGCCACUGCGCAGGUGGCAAUCGACGCUAAGCGCCGAUCUUUCUGCAUGGGUCGAGAUACUUAG